AAAGCAAAACAAAAAUGAAAUCGUGAAGUCGAUUUAUAUCUAUAAAACUGAAUUAAGAGACUAAAUAAACAUAUUUAUUGAACUACAAACUGCGAGGACAAUUAUAUCAAAUAAUAAGGGCUACACUAUUUGUUAGGAAUCGACAAUACAAACCGAAUUGCAUUAUGUCGGACUCGGUCCAUGUCCAUGUAAAAGAAGAGCCUCAUUCGGACAAUGACAACACAGCCGAGUCGGCACAGUUUGCCGAGAAAGUAAUUAAAUGUGAGCCGCUAGAGAUUGAGAUAACGCCCGAUGUGCCGGACGAUGUAGACGAUCCACUGGGCACAGAUCCUGACACAUGCCACCAAGGGUCUACAUCCGCAACCGCAACCAACGGAGAACAGGAAAGAAGCUGGAACAUAGAAAUAUCUUCAGCGAAGCUAUACACUUGCACUAUUUGCAAGAAAACCUUCGAUAUUCUAGAUCACUUAAUAGCACACAGGAGAGCUGAACAUGUGACGGAUGUGAUAGAAAAAUCUGUCUCCUGUGACUGGUGUGAUAAGAAGUUUCGGAGAAACUGUGAGUUAAAUAAACACAUACGCGUUCACACUAGAGAGAGACGCUUUGGCUGCGACUUAUGUGACAAAAGAUUUAUUCGUAAAGAAGAAUUACAACUUCAUAGACAGUUACAUUCUGGAGAGAAACCUUUUUCAUGCGAUGAAUGUGAUAAAACAUUUGCUGUCAAACAAUAUCUAACGAGGCAUAAACUAACGCAUAAACAGGAAAAUUAUCCUUGCGAUGAAUGUGGAAAAGUUUUCACUGUUAAAAAGUACCUAAACGUCCAUAAGCGUACUCAUAGUGGCGAGAAACCAUUCGUGUGCGACAUAUGUGAUAAACAGUUUACACUAAAAGUUAAUUUAAAUAAUCAUAGAAAUAUACACACUGGUAGCCGGCCGUUCUUUUGUGAAGUAUGUCAGAAACAGUUUGCGCAGUUAAGUUGCUUGAUCACGCAUAGAAAGAUACACACUGGUGAAAAGCCAUAUGCUUGCGAUAUCUGCGGGAAGCAGUUUACUUUGAAGUGGCUGCUGGGCAGACAUAAAGAUGUACACGCGCAGAUUACGUAUCCUUGUGACGUUUGUCAGAAGACUUUUACGCAAAAGCGCAGUUUGGCCGUUCAUCAAAAGUUGCGUUGUGAGAAAUCUUGAUCGAUUUGCAGAUAUUUUUAGUGACCGCCCAAGUGGCUAAGGGGCUGUCCAUAAAUUACGUUAUCAAUUUGUGACGAUUUUUGACGGGGUGUAGGGCGCGAAUCUUUUUUUCCACUGACUCCGGUCCUGGGCAGCUUGGGUAGCCUUCUCCCACCCCAAAUUUAAAACAGUACAUGAUAGAAAUAAGGAUGUGUUGCGAUAUUUUUGGUCACUAUGGCUGUAGGUAACUAUAUUUUGAUGUUGACUACAGAACGGACACAUCUUUAACUGUAUUAAAUAGAAAGGAACGGGCAGUGUAUCUCACACUGCCUUUCAUGCAUAGAAAUGGCAAUUUAAUUUCGCAUUUUUUGGUCAGAUUUUGAUAAAAUUUGGUGAAUAGAUAAGAAGACUUACAAUAUAAGUGCAAUAUCUUCCUCUAGUUACGAGAACGUACGAUAUUUUCUUAACUCGGCGGAAAAAUUAAAUACAGCCCGUCAAACAACUUUGUCAGUAGAAAAAGGCGCGAAAUUCAAUGUCUCUAUGGGACGAUAACCCUUGGCGCUUACAUUUUUUACAUUUGCCGCUUUUUUCUACUGACGGAAACAGCUUAAAAGACUACCUACAGUUUUUGUACAAAUUGUGAUUUUGUAUUUAUUCCGGCCAGAAUUGAGGAGCUCUUUAAACAAAAGUAUCAAAUUUUAUUAAAAUGCCCAAAAAUAUUGCCCGUUUACGUGUACCUACUAGUAUAACUAAC